AUGGAUUCGCAAGCUUUCCUCCGCCAAAAUGAAACGUAUGAAGACUUUUACAACCGAUGCAACAACUUGUCGAACUUUGAUUGUAGCGAAGAAGAAAUGUUAUGGUGGAUAAUGGGGUCUCGCCGGCUGCCAUUAAAAGAAAUAAUACCUAUUAGUUUGGUGCUAGUGAUUAUUUUUCUAACUGGGGUAAUUGGUAAUGUGUGUGUGUGCGUGGUGAUCAUACGGAACCCGGGCUUGCACACGGCUACGAAUUAUUAUCUGUUUAGUUUGGCUGUAAGCGAUCUUCUUUUGUUGUUGUUCGGUCUACCCAACGAUUUAACAGUCUACUGGCAUCAAUAUCCAUACAGUUUGGGCCUGGUAUUCUGCAAGCUCCGAGCUUUAAUAUCAGAAGCAGCAACCUACGUGUCCGUGCUGACGAUAUCCGCUUUCACCCUGGAGAGAUAUCUCGCCAUAUGCCACCCUUUACACCUGUACGCUAUGGCAGGACUGACCAGGGCCUCACGAAUCAUUCUCGUGCUGUGGGUGGUUGCAUUUGUGUGCGCAUCGCCAUUUGCUAUGUACUCCGACAUCAGCUACAGGGACUACCCGCCAAAUUCCGGCAACAUAUCCCUGGAUUCAGCAUUCUGCGCGCUGAUGGCUUCAUCACCUCUUCUAGAAUUAAGCAGCAUAUUCUUCUUUUUCGUGCCGGCUAUUCUCAUUCUAUGCUUGUAUGUUACAAUGGGAUGUCAUAUAAGGUCAACCCGAAUGAACAAGAAGAGCAAAGGUCUGCUGAAUGGUCAGAUUCAUGGAGAGACGCGGCAGGCGAAAUCUAGAAAAGCUAUUAUCCGAAUGUUAGUGGCCGUGGUGAUAGCUUUCUUCGUGUGUUGGACACCGUUCCACGUCCAACGCCUGUUCUACAUCUAUGGGUACAGUCUGCCGCAGUUCCAUGUGAUAAACGAGCACCUCUUCAAUGUGGCUGGUGCACUGUACUACGUGUCGGCGACUGUUAAUCCCAUACUGUAUAAUGUUAUGAGCGCAAGGUAA